AUGUUGAAAACUUCCUUUUGCUUAAAUUCUAUUGAAAACCCAUCCAAGGCACAUAAAAAAUAGCUAACAAUAUUAAUCACAAACAACAUUGUAUAUUUACAUCUUUUUAUAAAAAAUAUUGUCCCUAUAAACUAAAUGCAAUGUCGCUCAAUCUUUGUAUAAGCUUUAUCUUUUUAAGCAAGCAUGUUAAAGUUAGAAAAAACUUUAAUUUAUUCUUCUUUUUUAAAAAGCAAGGUUAGCAGAAACUAUAUGUUACUUUAAAUGAAUGACGUUUAAAUAUAAGCUUUUUUAAAUUCAUAGCAUGUAUUAAAAAUAACAGCAAUAACCAUGGAAGAAUUGUUCAUUCUAGUGCAUUUUAUAUCACAAAAUAAAAUGAAUUAAAUAAGCAGUUAUAUUAAGGAACAAAUAUUAUUUAUUUUUCUUUAAUCGCUCAAUUUUUUCGAAGAAAUAACAACGUAUUAUUAAUAGGCAGAUUUUUGA